AUGACUGUCGACCUCCUCAAGGCCAUUGUUGAAAGCGAGACCUCCAUUCCCCCGAACGCCCAGCGGAUCCUUUACAACAACCAGCUUCUCGGCGAUGACACUCGCACCCUGGAGCAGGUCGGCAUCGGCGAGGGUGACAUGCUGGGUGUCCAGGUUAUGCUACGAACCCCUCAGCAACCCGCUCGGGCCCUCGGGGGUUCGAGUGCCGCCGCAGCGCAGCAGAAUCUCCAGCGGCGACAGGCUAUGGGCCCAGAUCCUGAGACCAUCCGACUGCAUAUCCUAGGAGACCCCCGAGUUCGCGAAGCUGUCCGGCGACAGAACCCAGAACUCUCCAAUGCUGCAGAUGACCCCCAGCGGUUCCGGGAAGUCCUGAUCGCACAGCAGCGGCGCGAAGCGCAGUUGGAAGCGGAGAAGGAGGCCCGGAUUGCCAUGCUGAAUGCGGAUCCUUUCAACCCAGAGAACCAGCGGGAGAUCGAGGAGAUCAUUCGUCAGAAUGCCGUAACGGAAAAUCUCCAUAACGCCAUGGAACAUCAUCCAGAAUCUUUCGGUCGCGUAACGAUGCUUUACAUCCCUGUCGAGGUUAAUGGCCACCGACUCAAUGCCUUCGUCGAUUCCGGUGCCCAAGUUACGAUCAUGUCCCCCGAAUGUGCAACUGCCUGUAAUAUUAUGCGACUGGUCGAUCAACGAUAUGGUGGUAUUGCAAAGGGUGUGGGAACAGCCAACAUCCUUGGUCGGGUGCAUUCCGCGCAGAUCAAAAUCGGGAGUUUGUUCCUUCCCUGCUCUUUCACUGUCAUGGAAGGUAAACACAUCGAUUUGCUUUUAGGCCUGGACAUGUUGAGGCGCCACCAGGCUUGCAUCGAUCUCAAACGGGGCGCCCUCAUCAUCCAGGAUCAAGCCGUGCCGUUCCUCGGGGAGGCCGACAUUCCCAAACAUCUCCAAGACGAGUUCGAGGAUGAACCAAUGGUGAAAGGCAGUGAUGGAGCGGAAGUCGGUGCUCGGACGGGCGCGGUCACCCACCAGGCUAACCAAGGUGGCGCCAGUUCUGCCGGACCAUCGUCAGCCCCAGCCCCUUCCUCCAACGCCCCUCGCAUUAAUAUUCGCCCAGCACCAACGCAGUCGUCGCGUUGGCCGCAGGACUCGAUCGCGAAAAUUACCGAAUUAGGAUUCACACGCGAGGAAGCCAUGCGGGCGCUGGAUGCCGCGAAUGGAGACCUCGAUGGCGCUAUUGGAUUCUUGAUUUGA